ACAUUAAUGAAAACCCUCCAUGUUUCCAGUAAGUCACUUGAGAAGGGGAAAGGAAGAAGUGCCGCCAUCUGAUGAUGUAACUAACAUCUAAACAAUGAGCUAAGGCUGAACCACAAGCUCUAAAGCACUCACUCACUGAGACUCAAACCCUACUUUUCGAGACAGGUCCAACCCAAGCCAAAUGACUCUGACGCUUAGAGCCUGCAACCUGAACCUACAGGCUGAAUUUGGCAAAACAAACUCUGUUUCUCUCAUGGGUUACUCCAGAAUCCCUUGAUCCAAACACUAAACCACUGAUGUAUUUGAAAGCUUAAUCCACAUUCUGUUUUCAGAAGCCUCUGUAAUUGUUUUGUUUAUCUUUUGAGUCACCAUCAGUAUAAAUCUGGUAACAGAUGAUGUGUUUAAAUCCACCAGCUGUUGUGUUUGGGUCUUGACGGUCAAGACAACCCUCUUCAGCAAAUAAAUAUAUUUGCUUUUGUCUGUCAUGGAUGUUUUACUACAGCUCUUAGCUGUUAGCACUUAGGAUUUUGUCUGUCUCCUGGAUGUAUUAGGAUUUAAUUAUUUGCUGAGUAAAAACAUCUCAAUGUGUCUCCUUACAGGCUGCCUUUAAAAAGAAGGCAACAUGGCAACUACAGAUACUAACUUUUAUUAUAACUUCUCCAUCACUGAUCCCAACGAAAACGAAAGUGAGAAUUUUCACACAUUUACAAGAGUCUUCCUGCCCUGUACGUACUUGGUUGUUUUCAUCCUUGGGCUAGCAGGAAACGUGCUGGUCUUUGUCAUAUUAGUUUUCUAUGAGAAACUGAAGACACUGACAGAUAUAUUUUUGCUGAACUUGGCUAUAGCUGACUGGGUCUUCCUUUGGACGCUGCCAUUCUGGGCAUAUUCUGCUGCUCAAGAGUGGACUUUUGGCACCGUGGCGUGUCGUAUUAUACGGGGCUUGUAUACUCUGAACUUGUACACCUCAAUGUUAACUCUAACGUCUAUCACCUUUGACCGGCUUAUUGCUAUUACUUUUGCCACCAAAGCACGUAUGUGUCAAACCAAACGAAUGACAUGGGGCAAAUUAAUCUGUGUCUUGAUCUGGGUGGUCUCACUAGCAUUUGCCACGCCACAGUUUAUUUUUAGUGAGGUGUUUAGUAUUGAUAAGGCAAUAUGUCAGGAAGAAUACCCAAACCAUCACACAGAACUGGUUCUUGAAGUGAUCCGAGUGACCCUUGGCUAUUUUAUUCCCAUGCUAGCCAUGAUCAUCUGCUACUCACUAAUUAUUAGAACCUUACUGCACGCCAAGAGUUUUCAAAAGAACAAAUCUCUAAAAAAAAUAUUUUCUGUAGUUGCUAUAUUUAUUCUUACUCAGUCACCCUAUACUUUCUUGAGACUGAUAAAGAUCAUAGACUGGAGCUUUAACUUGAACAGCAGCUUUGAAUAUGCAAUCAUCGUAACAGAAGCUCUUGCUUAUUUCCAUGGCUGUAUUAACCCUGUUCUGUAUUUCUUCAUGGGGGUGAAAUUCAGGAGGAACUUACAGAAAAUUAUUAAAAACUCAAGAUGCGUCAAAUGGCAAGUUACAGCUAAACAGUGGCAAACCACUGAAGAGGAAGGCUCUAAAACUUUUACUGCCUCAAAUAAUGCAGAUGCAACAAGUAUGUACCCGCUAUAA